AUGCUAAGCAUUUCACGUGUGCAUCCUCACUUAAUGCUCACGCGAACCCUACGAGUGGCAGCCUUGGAGCUCAGGUCCAUCGACCUGCAGAGUCUCAAGAAUAACAAGGAGCACCACACACAGGAGAUGGGCCUGAAACGGCUCAUCGUACGCCGUGGCCAGGCCUUCACCAUCGUCCUGAGCUUCAACCGGAGCUUCCAGCCCCAGACUGACAACAUCACCUUCAUGGCUGAGACUGGACCAGAGCCCUUGGAGCUACUGGGGACCCGAGCCACCUUCUUACUCAAGAGUGCCCAACAUGGGAAUGUCUGGAGGGUUUCUGACUUCACCAUUGACCUGAACUCACUCCAAGUCUCCCUCUUUACACCAGCCAAUGCAGUCAUUGGCCCCUACAUGCUCAAGAUCCAGACCUCCCAGGGGCAGGGUCACAACAUGAGUUACCUAGUGGGGACUUUCAUCUUGCUUUUUAACCCUUGGAGUGCAGAGGAUGAUGUCUACUUGCCAAGUGAAGUCCUGCUGCAGGAGUACAUCAUGAUGGACUACGGCUUUUUUUACAAGGGUCAUGAGAGAUUCAUCACCAUGUGGCCUUGGAACUAUGGGCAGUUUGAAGAUGACAUCAUAGAUAUCUGCUUUGAGAUCCUGAACAAGAGCCUGUACUUCUUAAAGAACCCGUCCAAAGACUGUUCUCAGAGAAACGACGUGGUGUAUGUCUGCAGGGUGGUGAGUGCCAUGAUCAACAGCAAUGAUGACAGUGGCGUGCUACAGGGGAAUUGGGGAGAGGAUUACUCCAGGGGUGUCAGCCCCCUGGAGUGGAACGGCAGCGUGGCCAUCCUGCGGCAGUGGUCCACUCAGGGUGGGCAGCCUGUGAAGUAUGGACAGUGCUGGGUCUUUGCAUCUGUUAUGUGCACUGUAAUGAGAUGCUUAGGUGUUCCAACCCGAGUCGUUUCCAAUUUUCGGUCCGCACACAACGUGGAUGGCAACCUGACCAUAGACACCUACUAUGACCAAAAUGCAGAGAUGCUGCCAACUCAGAGACGAGACAAAAUAUGGAAUUUCCAUGUCUGGAAUGAGUGUUGGAUGGUCCGGAAAGAUCUCCCACCAGGAUACAAUGGAUGGCAGGUUCUGGACCCCACUCCUCAGCAAACGAGUAGUGGGCUGUUCUGUUGUGGCCCUGCCUCUGUGAAGGCCAUCAGGGAAGGGGAGGUCCACCUUGCCUAUGAUACCCCAUUUGUGUAUGCUGAGGUGAAUGCUGAUGAAGUCAUUUGGCUGUUUGGGGAUGGCCAAGCUCAGGAAAUCCUGGCUCACAACACCAGUUCCAUUGGGAAGGAAAUCAGCACCAAGAUGGUAGGGUCAAACCAACGCCAGAUCAUCACAAGCUCCUACAAGUAUCCAGAAGGAUCUCCUGAGGAGCGGUCUGUAUUCAUGAAAGCCUCCCGGAAGAUGCUGGGCCAAAGAAGGGCCUCCUCACCCUUCUUGGAUCUGCUGGGGUCAGGGGGCAUGCAGUAUCAGCCAGCACAGCUACAACUACACCUUGCCAGGACGCCCCAGUGGGGCCAAGACCUGUUGUUGACUCUGCAUGCCUGGAGGGUGCCAGACAGAGCCCACCCCCGGGGCCCAAUCCAGCUGAUGCUACACUUCUGUGCACAGGCCCUCCUGCACAGGGGAGGCAUACGGGAGCCUCUCUGGAGGCAAGUGGUGCAAUUGAAAUUGGACUUCGGGCAGGAGAUACAGUUGCCUCUCCUGCUGCCCUACAACAAUUACAGAAAUAAGCUAACAGAUGAAAAGCUGAUCCGUGUGUCUGGCAUCGCCAAGGUUGAGGAGACGGGGAGGUCCAUGCUGAUCCUGAAGGAUAUCUCUCUGGAGCCUCCCCAGUUAUCUAUUGAGGUGUCUGAGAGGGCUGAGGUGGGCAAGGCAUUGAGUGUCCACAUCACCCUCACCAAUACUCAAACAGAGCCUCUGAGUAACUGCACAAUGGUGCUGGAAGGAAGUGGUCUCAUAGAUGGGCAGAUAUCAAAAGACCUUGGGACCCUGGUAGUUGGACACACCAUCAAAAUUCAUCUGGACCUCUACCCUAUCAAAGCUGGACUCCGCCUGCUACAAGUCUUCAUCAGCAGCAAUGAGGUCAAGGAGAUCAAGGGCUACAAGGACAUCUUUGUCGCUGCAGCUAGAGCUUCUUGA